AUGAUUAAGAUCUUUACGUGGAAUUGUAGGGGAGCGGGAAGCAAACGCUUCUUGCGAGUGUUUAGGGAGUAUCGAAGGAAGUAUCGACCGUCUAUUGUCAUUAUUGUUGAACCUAAAAUUAACGGGGAUAAGGCGGAAGAGGUGAUCAAAGAGAUGAGGUUUGAUAAGCAGCUUGUUGUGGAUGCAGCAGGACAGUCCGGUGGUAUUUGGGUUCUCUGGGACUCAGGUAUGGUUACAAUCACUGAAGUGCAUAGAGCGGAGCAAUUUCUCCAUGUCAGGGUGCACUGUGGGCAGGAGAGUUGGCUCCUCACGGCGGUUUAUGCCAACCCGGCGCUUAUACAACGUCGGGAACUGUGGACAGCUAUUCGUAGGAUAGCGGAGGAAGUAACUGAACCAUGGUUAUUAGCGGGAGAUUUUAAUUCGAUUCUCCAACCGGUAGAUAAGUUGGGUGGCACACCUUUUGAUGCUGCGAGAGCUAGGGACUUCCAGGAUUGUGUGUUAGAUGCGGGGUUGCUCGACAUGGGAUUCUCAGGGCCACCUUUUACGUGGUUCCGCACCUGCUUGAAGGAAAGACUGGAUAGGGGGCUUGCUAACCCCGCUUGGAACUCAGCCUUCCCUGACACGAUUAUUAGUCACCUGCCACGACUCAGAAGUGACCACCGACCCAUUCUUAUCAACCUCAACCCUCUGUUUCAACCUGCGGGACAUAAACCUUUCAAGUUUCUGGCGGCGUGGUUACUGCAUGAGGGCUUUAAAGAUAUGGUGACCAGUGCUUGGGGGCGUGGCACAGACCUUGCUAGUUCUAUUGCUGAAUUCACGGAGGAGGCGAAACAAUGGAAUAAGAAUGUCUUUGGAAACAUUAUGAAAAAGAAAAAUGAUCUACUCGGUCGAAUUAAGCGUCUGGAGCUGCGGUAUGGGGGAGACUCGAACGACACGAGGCUUGUCCAGGCUAGAGCUGAACUGGAAUCCGUCUUACUUCAGGAAGAGAUGCUUUGGUAUCAAAAAUCGCGGUUGGAGUGGAUUGCAUAUGGGGAUAGUAAUACCAAGCAUUUCCAUUCGAGAACCAUUAGUAGAAGACAGAGAAAUAGAGUGGCUGCCUUGAAGAAUUUUGCAGGGGAGUGGGUGGAUGACCAAAACUUGCUUCUUGACAUGGCGAGGCAGUUCUAUGAGGAGCUGUACACUGAUGAUAAUAACCCCCUCAGUACUUUGCAGCCUGCCUCCGGAGCUCUAGGCACCACUUGGCGGAUAGUUCUCGACUGA